AUGCCACAGCAAGAUGUCAAAACCGAGAACGAAAAUGUGAAGUAUGUUGAACCGAAGGACCGCGACACUGAGGCCGGUGCAGUGGACGACGAGUACGAUCCAGCCGCCGUCGCCGCUCUCGUCUGGAAACAAGAUUUGAGAAUAGUUCCGCUGUCGGCUGUUAUCUAUCUGCUGUGUUAUCUCGAUCGGUCAAACAUAGGAAAUGCGAAAGUCUUAAACGUGGAUACUGGCGAUGACCUACUGAUGGAAACUGGAAUGUCGAAUUACGAGUAUACCAUCGCGCUCAUGGUGUUUCUGAUUGCAUACGGUAUCUUCGACAUCCCGUCCAACUACUUCCUCAAGAAACUACGUCCCAGUCGCUGGAUCGCCUUUCUCAUGUUCUCCUGGGGCGCGACGACAAUCGGGCUCGGUGGUGCCAACAACUACGCCCAGGUCACUGGUAUCCGGUUCCUUCUCGGCGUCUCCGAGGCGGGUCUUUUUCCCGGUCUCGUCUACUAUCUCACAUUCUGGUACCGUACAUCUGAGCGAUCGCUGCGAGUCGCGUUGAUCCUUGCCUCUGCCACUCUCGCGGGUGCAUUUGGCGGCGCGAUUGCGUACGGAGUCGGAUAUCUCAAUGGAACCCAUGGGCACUCCGGGUGGCGCUGGCUGUUCUGGAUUGAAGGGGCUCCAUCUUGUGCGUGUGCGAUACUCGUGUGGGUUUUCCUCCCGGACUAUCCAGAGUCAGCCAGGUGGUUGGCAGCCGAGGAAAAGGAGUUGGCAACCCGACGUUUACAGGUCGAGGGAUCAAAAGGAGACGCAAAAUCGAUGAGGUGGGCUGACGCAAAGGCUGUGUUGAUGGACUGGCGCCUGUACCUGCAUUAUGCGGUCUACUUUGGCAUCUCUACACCCUACUCGAGCCUGUCGUUGUUCACGCCAUCGAUCACGGCCGGCCUGGGCUAUCAGAAUUUAAAGGCCCAGUUAAUGACCGUUCCUCCCUACGCGGUCUCGUACGUGGUUACCGUUGUUGUAGCCUGGUCAGCGGAUCAUCAUAAUGCCCGCGGCCUCCACUCGGCCAUCUUCUCCUUGAUCGGCGCAAUGGGCUUCCUCGCGUCCGCUGUCCUCCCGGCAGAUGCAUACCUACAACGCUACGGCUGCCUCAUCGUCGCUUCGAGCGGCGCCUUCUCCUGCAUCCCGCCACUCCUCGGCUGGCUCUCGUCAAACCUGCACUCCACUGCCGCAGCCGGGCUGGCAAUCGCAAUCAACGUCACAUUCGGCGCCCCGGGCCAAAUUGUCGGAGUCUGGAUCUACAAGGCGAAUGAGGCGCAUCGAGGGUAUCCGACGGGCCAUUGGACGAAUGCGGCGUUGCUGCUGUUCGUUUGUGUCGGGUGUGUUGUUUUGCACACAUACUAUGUCUUUUUGAAUCGGAAGCGAAGGGCUGAGGGGGUGAGGGUUUAUGCUUAUUAG